AUGAACUCAUCCCGCCUUCGCCAAUCGAUGGCUCACAACGUCGCCGUUUUCCGCCGGCAGCCAUUGACCGAGAUCUCAGGCUCCCUCGGUGACCUGGGGACUUUCCUGCCCAUAGUCAUUGCCCUGACCGAGGGCCACCAGGUAUCAUUGACCACAACCUUAAUUUUCACCGGCAUCUACAACAUCCUCACGGGGGCAUUCUUUGGCAUUCCUUUGCCGGUGCAACCGAUGAAGGCGAUCGCGGCAGUGGCCAUUUUGAAAUCGCUCAGCGCCGGCCAGACCGCGGCGGCGGGAAUAUUUGUCUCCGCCUGCAUCUUGAUUUUCAGCAUUACCGGCCUUCUUUCUUGGAUUACGAGGGUCAUUCCUAUCCCGGUCGUCAAGGGAAUUCAAGUUGGUGCGGGCUUGAGUUUGAUCAUCGCCGCAGGGACGAAAGCCCUUUCGACGCUUUCAUGGACUGCCCCGUCGUGGGCAGACAACUAUCUAUGGAUGGUAGCUGCAUUUAUCGCCUUGUUCGCUCUGAACACUCGGCCCCGAACGCCAUACGCGCUUAUUCUAUUUGUGACAGGCAUUGUCUUCGCCAUCAUCCGCAUUGUCGGUGACAACCACCAUCACCUUCCCGGCUUUCAAGUCUGGCGCCCAUACACGCAGGUCCCAUCUGCCAAAGAGUGGAAGACGGGGAUCCUGGAUGCUGGUGUUGGUCAAUUACCCCUAACCACUCUGAACUCGAUCAUUGCAGUCACUCAUCUUGCCGCCGAUCUCCUGCCCGAGAUCGAGACCCCAUCCGUGACUGCAAUAGGCCUCAGCGUAGCCGGGAUGAAUCUCUUCGGUUGUUGGUUUGGCGCAAUGCCCGUUUGCCACGGCUCAGGAGGCCUGGCAGCACAAUAUCGUUUCGGAGCUAGAUCAGGAGCGAGCAUCAUAUUCCUCGGUCUUCUCAAGCUUGUCGUGGGCAUCUUUUUUGGCGAGACCCUGACGGACAUGCUGCACAAAUUUCCCCUCGCACUGCUUUCUGUCAUGAUAAUCGCCGCAGGGCUGGAGCUGGCAAGUGUGGGAGAGAGCCUGAAUACGGCACGAGCGAGAGACCUGGGCAAGGAAACCACGCGUUCAACAUCCGCCGGCGAGAUCACCGAUGAAGAAAAAAAGCAACGUUGGACCGUGAUCUACCUGGCUAUAUCGCCGCGCUGA